AUGAACCCAGCCGACUGGGCUCAAUUUGAGAUCUCGAUACCCCCUACUCCGUACUCUGUACUCCGUAGUGCUCAGUCUAUUUACUUCCCAAAAUGGAAACUAAGCUCUUAUCUUAUCUUGUUAUCAUCAUGUGAUGUCGUGAUUGGCCGCGUCUCGUUGCCUACGCGCUUGACACGACAUCAAUAUCAACAUAUUGAACCCAACACAGUCCAUCUAGAACAUGCCAGCGUGAGAUUCAAUCUCCACAACUAUCAAAGCAGCCAACCGGAACCUGAAACUGAUACUUAUACUCCCAGCGUUGGCGAUCAACACCGCAGCGGUGCUGGAUCCAUCAUCAUGCCAAACUCUACAACCACCACAGCGAAUCCAUUCGAGGAACCCCAGCGUCGAAUGAACGAAUACACCGCACAAGAAAUCGCGACAUUACAAGCGCGCCUUGACAAGAAGUUGGGGCCCGAGUACAUCUCCGCGCGCCCCGGAGCUGCGGGGCAGAAAGUGCAUUAUCUCUCUGCGGAUAAAUGUAUCAACUUGGCAAACGAGGUGUUUGGCUUCAAUGGAUGGUCCAGUUCGAUCCAGACGAUUCAGAUUGACUUUGUCGAGGAGAACCAGAAUACAGGCAGGAUCAGCUUAGGACUUUCGGUGAUUAUGAGAGUCACACUCCGGGAUGGGACGUUUCAUGAAGAUAUUGGCUAUGGACACAUCGAGAAUUGCAAGGGCAAGGCCGCGGCUUUUGAGAAAGCCAAAAAAGAAGGCACAACGGAUGCACUGAAACGUUCUUUGAGGAACUUCGGUAAUGUUCUGGGCAACUGUAUCUAUGACAAAGACUACGUCUCAAAGAUUACCAAGGUCAAGGCGACGCCGGGCAGAUGGGACGUAGAUGACCUGCAUCGCCACCCAGAUUUUGCUCCCCCCAAGAAGCAACCACUGCCACCCCAACCUGUACCCGAUGAUGAGGAAAUUUCUCUUCCUCGCCCGAUACAGCAAGCGAGGGCAAACCCACCCGGGCAGCAGGGAUCAUUUGAUGGCGAGGGAGAGUUUGGCAGUGACUUUUUUGAUGAAGCCGAUUUUGGGGUAGCUGAGACAGGCAAUCCUGAUGAAAUUGUGAUAGACACGGAGCCACAACAACCUCAAGCUCCUAUAUCAAAACCCGGGCCAGUCCAGCCAGGACCACCACCAGCACGGCCCACGGUGAAUCCAUCAGUUGUAACACCAUCCAAACCCGAGCGAUGGAACCCCACAGGUCCAGCUGGACGACCAAUCCCACCCAUUGCACGAGCAAACCCAGCAGUCAUGGCCUCAGCUGCGGCGCAAGUUCGACAGGCCCCUGGCCAAGUUCAAUCACCAAGUGUUUCGAAUCCUCGAGUAUCAGCCACACCGCAGCCACCGGUUGCCCCACAGAACCCUGUGAAUAAAAUGGCACAACCUCCAACCAAAAGAGAAAACCCACCUGCAAACCCCGAAAUGAACCCACCAACUCGCACGCCCUCUGGGGGAUUUUUCUCGGCCAGGGCAGUCGACCUACUCCGCGAUAACCCCAACGCAGUGCCCCAGGGUGCCCCUCAAUUUGACCCUCACGCAGAAAGUCCUUCCAUCCGCAAGACAGCAGGCGUGGACCAUUCAAAGAGCAUCCCCAUAUCCAGACCUAUGCUAUCAUCCGCUUCUCCAGCACCGAACAACUCUCGUGACUUCGUUAACCCCAAAGCAGACCUCCAGCGCAGAGUUGGUGCUCCUGGCGCUGGAGCCGGUAGCCCCAUCAGCAAAGGCCCAUCAGUCUCAUCCUACCGACCAUUGACCCGGCCUAAUCCUGAUCAGAGGAGCGUUUCCAAUCCAGUGGCCAUGAACCGCGGUGUUCCACCUGCACAAAACAUCAAUGGCAAACGUCCACCUUUGGCCGAUGUCAAUAAUAAUGACUCCAAAAAGGGCCCUGGGGGUCCAGUGCCCAUUGCAAAUGACCCAAAACGACCCCGUGUCGUGAAUUCGAACUCAGGGUCUUUUUCGGGGGCUCGUGGGCCUUCCCAGUAA